GUUGAAACUUUAUCGGCCUUUAUCGGGCAAAUUGAAAGAAAUACUCAUUCACGUCGCACAUUUUAAUGAGGCAUAAUGCGGACAUCUCCAAAUGUGAUAAUAACAGGCACGCCCGGCGUAGGAAAAACCGUCCAUUGCGAACAAUUGGCCGAGGAGACAGGUCUGCGGCAUCUUUCAAUCAACCAUGUCGCAAAAGAGCGAGACUGCUACGAGACAUAUGACCACGAGUUACAAACCUGGGUUGUGGAUGAGGACAAACUCCUGGACGCUAUCGAGGAUCAAGUCCUUCAAGGUGGCUAUUUAAUCGACUGGCAUGCAUGCGAUCUAUUUCCCAAGUCAUGGAUUGAUUUGGUCGUUGUAUUACGCUGCUCAUCUACUGCUGUUCAUUAUGAUCGUCUCGCAUCAAGGGGAUACAAUGAAACGAAGCUGCAGGAAAAUUUAGAUGCCGAGAUAUUUGGUGUUUUGCUUGACGAAGCUCGAGAAGCCUUCGACGAGGAAUUAGUGGUUGAAUUGAAUAGUGAGAGGGAUGAUGAUGUAGAGUCCAAUUGCGCAAGGAUUUCUAGCUGGGUACAAUCUUGGAAAAAUGACCGAGCCUGAGAUCUCGAUUAACCUACGGCAAUCCGGGGGAGGGGGCGGCCGAAACCGACACCAAUUCGCACCGUGAAUCUUGCAAUUUAUAUCAAUGACGUCUGUCGGCCAGCCAAUCUUGCAACUUGACCAGGGCUUUAUAUCUGUGUGAGAUGAGGUUCUGCUCCGUUGUUAGUGGCUGGUUGAAGAAACUGAUGGGACAAAUCCAUUACCUUCUCCUCUUUGUCCAUUUCAGCGUAAGUCUUGCCGCGAUACUCGAAAAUCGGAUCCCAGCCUGGAAAGAGCUAGUGAGCAUUGAUUUUUGUAACCAAUAGUCGCCUGUACAUACCAAAAUUCGCAGGACCUCUUGGUCUCACAAUAGCUCCCUUGCGAUGCGUCAGCUUCUGACAGGGUAGGUGGAGUUCGCACUCAAUCCUACCUCAGUUCUACCCUGGAAUAAGAUUGGAUCCGAAC